AUGGCCGACGACGGUUCAUUGGGUGCUAACGGCACGACAUCUGAGCCGCCUAUCAAUCAGUCGAAUCUGGACAGCACCGCUACCUCGGUCAAGCGGAAGGCUGAAAUCCCCGAGGACGAGAGCAAUGCUGAAAGCAAGCGCCGAAAAGGCACUGCGCCCAUCAAAGCAGAAUAUUUGAUUCCUUCGGACCACCGCCAAGACCAUGCAUCAGAGAUUCAAUUACAGGAGCCGGGUGAUGAUGAUGCCGCCGAGGCUUUCCACCAUCAGGACCGACAACCCACGAGUAAUAACUCUAAGCACAAGCGCCGGGAGAAGAAUCAAGGUCAGAAUAAGGCGAGGAAGUUUGGCAGCUCCAGAGAUGAGAUUCAGCUCUGCUCAAGCAGGACUCGCUACAACGAGUUUUCACCAAAGCAAUGCUCUUUCGGGGACAAAUGUCGGUACGAGCACGAUAUCAGGAAAUAUCUUAAGCACAAGCGCGAGGAUCUGGCCACAUUCACCGGUGUCUGUCCUGUGUUUGAGGUGAAGCAGUCCUGUCCAGUAGGGUGGAAAUGCCGCUUCGUUGGCUCCCACUCCAAGGAAGUCGAGCAUGCAGACGGCCGCAAGGAGCUCGUACUACUCAGCGAACAAGAUACCAAAGACGAGUCCCUCGACAAAGCAAUAGGCGAGGACAAUGAGACUGGUGUCGCCAAUGCUCUCUCUGCUUCCGAGCGUAUCAGUCUGACCAAGAAGAACUUUCCCACUCCAAGGUCAGAUAAGUAUCUCGAAUACGUGGCAUCUCUGAUGGACGAUCAUAAGUCCAACGGAUCAGCCUCAAGAGCACCGCUGCGAAACUCAUCUUCACCCGAGCCUGAAGGCGACGCUAAAGAGGCCAAACAGGAUGACGCUGCCGCUUAUGUCGAACCGCCUCUGCGGCCCUCGGAAAAACGCCGUCUCUACUUCGGUCCUGAUACCCCGGUUCUAGCUCCGCUCACUACGCAAGGCAACCUGCCUUUCCGCCGGCUCUGCAAUUCUCUGGGUGCUACCUUUACCUACUCGGAGAUGGCCAUGUCGAUGCCCCUACUACAGGGGCAGAAGUCAGAAUGGGCGCUCCUCAAAGCCCAUGAAUCCGAGAUCCAGCCUCCCACUUUCACCUCUCAUUCCAACAUCGUCUACGAUUACGGCUACGACCAGUCCCGCGACCUGCACUUCGGUGCCCAGAUCGCCGCCAAUAAGCCAUGGCUGGCAUGCAAAGCGACCGAGAUUCUAACCACCCUCUUGCCGCGAGGGCUCCGGUGCGUCGAUCUGAACGUUGGCUGUCCCAUUGACCUCGUUUACCGUGAAGGCGCCGGUAGUGCUCUCAUGGAUAGCCACCACAAGCUCGAGAAAAUGCUGCGUGGGAUGAAUUACGUCUCAGGCGAGACACCCAUCACGGUCAAAAUUCGCAUGGGCACCAAGGAUAAAUCGCCAACUGCCCAUCGCCUCGUCGACCGCCUGGUCCUUGGUGGGGGACCCAAUCGCGGUGACCCAUGCGGUGUGGCCGCCAUCACACUCCACGGCCGCAGCCGACAGCAACGCUACACACGCUGUGCAGACUGGGACUACAUCUCCGAGACGGCCUCCCUCAUCAAGGACCUCAACGCCAAGCGCGACGCCCUGGUCGACACGGCUCAUGAGCCCGACGCCCGCGACCUGCCCAACACGUCGCCCGCCCGCGCCGGCAAAGUUCACUUUAUCGGCAACGGCGACGUAUACAGCCACGAGCACUACCAAGCCCAUCUGCAGCACGCGCACGUCGACGCCGUCAUGUCCGCGCGCGGCGCCCUCAUCAAGCCCUGGCUCUUCGAGGAGAUCGCCUCCAACCAGUACCUGGACAAGUCGUCGACCGAGCGGCUACGCUACAUCGAGCAGUUCUGCCGCUACGGCCUCGAGGCCUGGGGCUCCGACGAGAUCGGCGUCGGCCAGACCCGCCGCUUCCUGCUCGAGUGGCUGAGCUUCGCCUGCCGCUACGUGCCUGUGGGAUUGCUCGAGUAUCUGCCGCCCAAUAUCCAGGAUCGCCCGCCGAGGUACCGCGGCCGCGAUGAGUUGGAGACGCUCAUGAGCAGUGAUAACUACAAGGAUUGGAUCAAGAUCAGUGAGAUGUUCUUGGGCCCCGCGCACCGGGAUUUCCGCUUCGAGCCAAAGCACAAGAGUAACGCCUAUGAGGGGCAGGCGGAGGGCUAG